AUGGACGGUGGAAGAGACAACAAAGACGAGUCUAAUGACAAAGGGCUAUUUUCACAACUUGCUGGAUAUGCUGCUGGACACUACCCACAGCAUGGAUCAUACCCUCCACAAGGAUAUGGAUAUCCUCCACAAGCACAUGGACCACCUGGGUACCCUCCACCUGGUGGCUAUCCUCCUCCGGGUGGGUACCCUCCUGCAGGCGGGUAUCCUCCAUCUGGAUAUCCUCCUCCUGGGGGAUAUCCACCAUCUGCCUAUCCUGCCCCUGGUGGAUAUCCACCAGCUGGAUAUCCACCAGCCGGAUAUCCACCUGCCGGAUAUCCAGGUUCAUCAUCUAAUCAUUCAGGGCAUGGACCUAAUAUGGGAGGGAUGCUAGCUGGGGGUGCUGCAGCUGCAGCUGUUGCUUAUGGGGCUCACCAUCUUGUGCACGGGGGUCACCACGGCCAUGGUUAUGGGGGUCACCACGGCUUUGGUCAUGGGAAGUUCAAACAUGGCAAAUUCAAGCAUGGGAAAUUUGGCAAGCGCUUUGGCUUUGGGGGCAAGUUCAAGAAAUGGAAGUGA